AUGAGUGAAAGUCCUAGUCCAUCCGAUCUCAAGGAGCUUCACGCCUCCUCGGACGACACAAGCACCACGCUCCACAAUGAGAAUCGCCAAGGAGCAGAUCACAUAGAUCAAGAUGCCUCAUCUCUGACCGGCGGUGAUAUUUUAUCAAGUACAAAUAGCUCAUCAACAACGAGUCUUCAUGCGCCACCUACACCAAGCCGUCCUGUAAAUAGCCAGACACAGGGCACAGCCCAAGGUGAGGAUGAUAUCUUUCGAGCCCUGUCUCGACGCCGAACAACCGGCACUACUGGUUCUGGCGCAGGUCAAGAUGAGGAACCAGCAGAGAUAGAACGGCUCAUGUCGCGCAUGUUUGGCCAUGCUAGGCAAGAACAUGGCCAAGAGGAGCGUAUGCGGCACAGCGGCGUAAUCUUCCGCGAUCUAACCGUCAAAGGCGUUGGACUCGGUGCAAGUCUUCAACCCACGGUGGGAGACAUAUUCUUAGGUCUCCCUAGGACCAUCAGGAAUUUCAUCAAGGGAGGUCGCAAGGCCGCCCAAGCUAAGCCACCGGUGAGAGAGCUGAUUAGCCAUUUCAAUGGCUGUGUCCGGCCCGGUGAGCUUCUGCUCGUUCUGGGGCGACCUGGCGCGGGAUGCUCGACGUUUCUCAAGGCGUUUUGUAACCAGCGAUACGGCUUCAAAGCUGUAGAAGGAAACGUCACAUAUGGCGGGACGCCUGCUAAGGAUAUUGCCAAGCACUUUCGCGGCGAAGUCAUUUAUAACCCUGAAGAUGAUCUGCAUUACCCGACUCUAACGGUGAAGCGAACUCUAUCAUUUGCCCUUCAGACGCGCACUCCUGGAAAGGAGGAUCGCCUUGAAGGUGAAAGUCGUCAGUCCUAUGUCAAGGAAUUCCUUCGUGUUGUAACGAAGCUCUUCUGGAUAGAACAUACCUUGGGGACCAAAGUCGGCAACGAAUUCAUUCGCGGCGUUUCAGGCGGCGAGAGAAAGCGUGUCAGCAUCGCAGAGGCCAUGAUCACUCGAGCCUCCGUACAAGGGUGGGACAACUCGAGCAAAGGCCUUGACGCAAGUACAGCACUGGAAUAUGUCAAGGCCAUACGAGCCAUGACAAACAUGGGCAAGAUUUCGACUUCAGUUUCGCUAUACCAAGCGGGAGAGUCCCUGUACGAGCUGGUGGACAAGGUUCUCCUCAUCGAUGGCGGCAAGUGUCUCUACUUUGGCCCGGCAGAAAGGGCAAAACAAUACUUUCUGGAUUUGGGAUUUGACUGCCCCGAUCGAUGGACCACGGCCGAUUUCUUGACAUCCGUCAGUGACCAGCACGAACGAAGCAUUCGCCCUGGAUGGGAGCAUCGCAUCCCACGAUCCGCAGACGAAUUCUUUGAUUCCUACCGCCAAAGUGAUGUAUAUAGAGAGAACCUUGCAGACAUGGACAGCUUUGAGGAAGAGGUGCGCCGCAAGGCUGAAGAGCGAGAGGCUGCUACUGCACAAUCCAAGAAGCCAGUGGAAAACAACUACACCUUGGCCUUCCACCAGCAAGUCAUUGCUCUCACAAAGCGCCAAUUCCACAUCAUGAUAGGCGACAAAACAUCGAUAGUGGGUAAAUGGGGUGGCCUCAUCUUUCAAGGGUUAAUUGUGGGAAGUCUUUUCUUCUCCCUCCCAUCAACAACACUGGGGGCAUUUCCUCGUGGAGGUGCCAUCUUCUUCCUUCUCUUGUUUAAUGCUCUCCUUGCGUUGAGCGAAAUGACUGCGGCAUUCUCCUCAAAGCCCAUCAUGCUCAAGCAAAAGUCGUUUUCGUUCUAUCGACCUGCUGCUUAUGCCAUUGCCCAGACUGUCAUGGAUGUGCCUCUUGUUCUCAUCCAGAUUGUUUUGUUCAACACCAUUAUAUAUUUCAUGGCAGAUCUGGCCCGUACAGCGUCGCAGUACUUCAUCGCCACCCUCAUCUUGUGGCAGGUCACCAUGGCCACAUAUGCCUUUUUUCGAUGCCUGGCAGCCUGGUGCCCUACUCUCGACGAAGCAACACGGUUUACGGGCGUAUCUCUACAGAUUCUGAUCGUGUACACCGGGUACUUGAUUCCUCCCUCGUCCAUGAGAGUAUGGUUCUCCUGGCUUCGCCGCAUCAACUGGAUACAAUACGGCUUCGAGAGCUUAAUGGCAAAUGAGUUUACAGGCCUACGACUCGUUUGCGUCAGCCCAAACCUCGUACCCGAGGGUCCUGGCACGUCGCCUCAAUUCCAGUCCUGCACUCUGGCGGGCAGCCAACCGGGGCAGACAGUUGUUGAGGGCGCAGCUUACAUACAAACCGCCUUUCAGUACUCUAGAUCGCAUCUUUGGCGCAACUUUGGCAUUCUCUGGGUCUUCUUCGCCUUCUUUGUUGCUUUGGCGGCGCUUGGAAUGGAGCUCAUGAAGCCAAACGCUGGCGGAGGAGCAAUCACCAUGUUCAAAAGAGGCCAAGUGCCCAAGGCUGUGGAAGCGUCUAUAGAGACUGGCGGCAGGGGCCUGGACAAGAAGUUGGACGAAGAGUCUGGUGGAGUGACCCCCCAUAUAACGCCAGCCAUGAUUGAAGAGAAGGACCCGGAGAAGAGCGAUCCAAACGGCGACGGCCCGAAAAUUGCCAAGAACGAGACUGUUUUUACGUUUCGAAACAUCAAUUACACCAUUCCGUAUGAGAAGGGACAUAGGGAACUGCUUCAAGAUGUCCAAGGAUAUGUUCGGCCAGGAAGGCUUACAGCGCUCAUGGGGGCCUCAGGGGCGGGAAAGACGACGUUGCUCAAUGCCCUGGCACAGCGCAUACGUUUCGGGACGCUGAGUGGCGAGUUUCUCGUCGACGGCCGGCCCCUGCCCAAAUCUUUCCAAAGGGCCACGGGCUUCGCCGAGCAGAUGGACAUCCAUGAGCGCACUGCAACUGUGCGCGAGGCUCUGCAGUUUUCUGCUCUCCUGAGACAGCCAAAGGAAGUCCCCAAAGAGGAGAAGCUCGCGUACUGCGAGACAAUCAUUGAUCUUCUCGAGAUGAGAGACAUUGCUGGCGCAACUAUCGGAAGGGUUGGCCAGGGCCUCAACCAGGAACAGCGCAAAAGGCUAACUAUUGGCGUUGAGCUGGCGUCCAAGCCAGAGCUGCUCAUGUUCCUCGACGAGCCAACGUCUGGUCUCGAUUCGGGAGCCGCAUUCAACAUCGUCCGCUUCUUACGAAAACUGGCCGAUGCUGGCCAGGCAGUCUUGUGCACCAUCCACCAGCCAUCAGCCGUGCUCUUUGAACACUUUGACGAGCUGCUGCUGCUGAAAUCCGGCGGAAGAGUCGUCUAUCACGGACCUCUGGGUCAGGACAGCCAAACGCUCAUCAGGUACUUUGAAUCAAACGGCGCCGCCAAGUGCCCGCCCAAUGCCAAUCCGGCAGAGUACAUGCUGGAGGCCAUUGGCGCGGGAGACCCCAGCUAUCACGGCCAGGACUGGGCCGACGUAUGGGCGUCAUCCUCGAAUCACGAGGAGCGCUCCAAGGAAAUCCAGAGCAUGAUCGACACGCGGCAGGGGGUCGAGCCGUCAAAGAGCCUCAAGGACGACCGCGAAUACGCCGCGCCGCUGUCGCUGCAGACGGCGCUGGUGGUCAGGCGCGCAUUCGUCUCGUACUGGCGAUCGCCCAACUACAUCGUGGGCAAGUUCAUGCUGCACAUCCUGACGGGCCUCUUCAACUGCUUCACGUUCUGGCGCCUCGGCUACUCGACCAUUGCCUACCAGAGCCGGCUCUUCUCCAUCUUCAUGACGCUGACCAUCUCGCCGCCGCUGAUCCAGCAGCUGCAGCCCGUGUUCCUCGAGUCGCGCAACCUGUUCCAGUCGCGCGAGAACAGCGCCAAGAUAUACUCGUGGGUUGCCUGGGUGACGUCGGCCGUGGUCGUCGAGAUCCCGUACGGCAUCGUGGCCGGCGCCAUCUACUUCAACUGCUGGUGGUGGGGGAUCUUUGGCACGCGCGUGUCGGGCUUCACGUCGGGCUUCAGCUUCCUGCUGGUCAUUGUGUUUGAGCUGUACUACAUCAGCUUCGGCCAGGCCAUUGCGUCGUUUGCGCCCAACGAGCUGAUGGCGAGCCUGCUGGUGCCCGUCUUCUUCCUCUUCGUCGUCAGCUUCUGCGGCGUCGUCGUGCCCCCGAACCAGCUGCCCACGUUUUGGCGCAGCUGGAUGUACUGGCUCAGCCCGUUCCACUAUCUCAUGGAGCCCUUCCUCGGCGCCGCCAUCCACGACCAUCCCGUGCAGUGCAGCAGCACCGAGUUUGCGCGGUUCAGCGCUCCGCCGGGCGAGACGUGCGAAAGCUAUGCGGGCCCGUUUAUCAGCCAGAACGGCGGCUACGUCCAGACGGCGGCAGACGGUCUCUGCGAGCUCUGCCAGUACGCCACGGGCGACCAGUUUGGCAAGGGGUUCAGCGUCGAGUACAGCCACAUCUGGCGAGACUUUGGCAUCUUUUGCGGCUUCAUCGUUUUCAACCUGGGGAUUGUGUACUUUUGCACGUUUUUGAAGUUUAAGGGCAGGAACCCAUUCAAGCGCCACCACGGCCACUGA